UAUGUAUUAAUAAUAUUAUGUAUUUUUGAAAUUAUGCAAAAUGGAUUUAAAGACGUUGAUGUAACAAAAUAAUCCUAAUGUUCAUUGAACAUUUUAUUAUUCAUUAUUUGUUACCGCGGGAAAACUGUGAAACGUUUGACUACUAUAAUGGCCGCAAUAGCGCCAAUGCUUUUAGUGUUUGUUCUUUCCUAAUAAAAUUUUAGAAUGGAAUAAGGUUUCUGUAUGUUGUAUAUAUUAGAAAGAAACUUAUUUGAAAUGGACGCUGAGGUUUCAAGACAGUUGUCCCUGAUCGAUGUUCUUCUGAGCAACCUUGACAAAACCAUUACGCCAUGUGCCAAUAUAAAGAAUGACAAAAAAGAAGAAGAAACACAGGAUGCAAUGCCAGACUCUACAACCAACACGGAAAAAAACAACGGCAACCCAUUCCAUUGUGGAGAUGAUGUGCUUGUGCUAAAUAAAGAUGACCGGUAUUACUUAGGUACAAUAAUAGAGCUGAGCACGAGCAAUGACAACGACUCGUGUGAGGUGGGCACUGGCGUGGCGCGUUGCCUUGUCAAAUUCGGCGAUGGCACGCACGCGUGGGCGCCGGUCACUUCGCUCAAGCUUUUGUCAGCACCGCCGGCGGAUGACGGCCGGAUCAUGUGCGUCGUAUGCAAGCGUCGCGAGGACUGCGCUACUAACGCGGUGGUUGCCUGCGACAUGUGCGGCCGAGGAUACCACGCUAAAUGUCAUACGCCACCUGUUGAAGCUUGGAUACAUGGUGCAUCAUGGCAUUGCAAGAGAUGUGUGGACCAGCGGUACCGAGUGGCUGCGGCGGAGAACCGCGCGCUGAAGAGGUCUGACCUGUUCCGGUACAAGGGUGGCCAGCAGCGGCGGCAGCAUCAGGAACUCACCCCGCCAUGCGAUACUGCUUCGACGACGUCCUCAUCAACUGCUUCUGAUGGAGGCAAAGAUCAAAACGAAACGCAUUGCUAUUGCGGAGAGAAAAGUGAUUGGCUUGCACAGAUGUUACUAUGCUGUAGAUGUUCCAGAUGGUUUCACCAAAGAUGUGUUUCAAGUUUACAAUACCCACUCUACGCUGGAGAUAAGUUGUACAUAUUCGCUUGCGGCGGCUGCAAUGGCGGCGAUGAAUAUCUGCGUCGACUGGAGCUCUGCUGGCUGGAUCUGGCGCAUCUGGCGCUCUACAAUCUCACCGCUUACAAUGCACCAAACUACUUUGACCUUGACACCGUCAUCAUGCCCUAUAUCAUGGACAACUGGCACGCGCUACAAUUACCUGAAAAGAUGUGGCUGACGCCGGUGAAUGAGCGGCGCGAAAAGAUCCUGACGGCGCUAACGUCAUCGCGCAAGCGCUUCAAGUGCGGGCGUGAGAUGAAGAAACGCGCCACCAUCUGGGGUCUGCGCCUGCGCCGUCCACCGCCGCCGCCGCACCAGCUUGCUGCGCUCGACCAGAUUAAAAAAGGGGAGCCGCUGACGGAUGAGUUGGUGAGAGAGUACGCGCCCCGGUUACGGUUUCUGUCGCGAGCGCCCUCGCCGCAAACCGUCGAUGAUAGUUCCCAACCUUCUAGCAGUAACAAUGAAAAAAGUUCCUAUAUGAAUCACAGUCAGCACAUGAUUGUACCCGUCGAUGGCCACUGGCUGAACUUGAUGAUGGGCAAACGCUUCCACGAAAACCUCAACUCAAACUCCAACUCGGAGAACGACUCUACGAGUUCGUACGAGUCAGUGAAGACGAGCGAGCGCGACGAACGACCCUCGCCCACGCCACCCGUCUGCACCUCUACUGCUAGGAAACAUGAUGCCAAAGAUACGUUAGAUGAUAUGCCGCAACCCAACGACACAGAUUCCAACGAGGCCAGGCCCAGCGAGUCACCGCCUGCCCCAUCCAGCAGCGUCUCCCUCCUGCCCUGUACUGUUCAGUUAGAUAAAAUACCCAAAGAGAACAUUGAAGAUGUCAGCUUUAGUAAACCGACCACAAGCACAGUCAACAUCAACACCCAUACAACUAGAAUAGCCACCAUGAAUCUAGAAGUAUCCAAGUUGUCCACUAAGAAUAUCAUCGAACAUUCCAAGAUAUUGUCCCUCCAGCACAUGGACAGUGUACCAACUUACAGCAGUACCUUUAUUCACGAAGUGGAGUCCUCAGGCGACGAGACCUCGAGUCGAGGCACUUUGGAUGUUAUAAUACCACCGCUCAAAGACUUUCAAGGCAAAAACAAUCCGUUCCUAAUGCAGAACAAGUACACGUCAAAAAUCCCCUUUUCAUCGGCUAUGAAUUUAUGGAACAAGCACAAUGGGAAGCAACAUCACUUCCAUUCGAGGUUCUCGUUACCAGGACAACUCAACCCCCUGAUGGGCCCCAUGAUCAGACCAAUGAAACGGAAACUUAGUGAAAAGGAUAUUGUUAUUGGGCCAAAUGGGGAAGUUAAAAGAAGAAAAUACAGGCGGCCUAGAAAGUAUAUGCAGAUGCAGUUGAACAAAUCGUGUCCUCUACCUGAAGAUUCGACAAAAGCAGCGCCGACGCAAAACGAGAACGGCGAAAUGGCAGCAGUGAGUCACAUAAACAACGCCAAGUUCCACGGCAGGAGACUGCGCCAGCGGCAGGAGAAGAACUACUACGAGAAUGCGAGGCGCAGUAAUAAUACUGCCGGCAGUAGUGUGCGCAGUUUACAACUGAGCCCGCACAAGGCGAGCGCCGGCGAUGUGGACGCUCGUCAGCUUUCCGCGCUCAAGUCGACUGUUCAAUCGUACUUCCGUGCAGGACAGACCUUUCAUAUCUUGGCGCGUCGCCUCGCACCCGACUCUCCCCCGGCGUACCUCAUCGAGUGGGACUCCAACGCUUCCUAACGGCCUACCUACGGCCAUAAUGAAUUUAUUUAAAUGUAAUCUGACAUCGACCGAUUGGAAAUUGCGUCAGUUUUUAAUUGGAUUAGAAUUUAAGUUUUAAAACUGCCAAUUUUAGUAAACAAUUUAGUCUGAUUAUAAAGCGACAAAGUUCACAAUCGGUAGGUGACAUAUCGAUGUAUGUAUGAUGUAUUUAAGUGCUUGUCUGUAGUCUACUUUUAGUUGUACAGUAAGUUCAAGGAAUGUGAUAUAUUAUUAUUCCAGACUGAUUCGUUUUAUUUUAGUACAAUAUAAACCUGUUUAUUGGGUAAAAUUGUUUGUUACUAGUGAAUGCGGCUUUCGCGCGUCCAUAGUUUUCUGUAAACAGGCAAAACCAUACUAUGAUCCUCGCUUCGUAUGUAUUAGAGAUCAAACUAAAUAAUCAUUGAACGUUUUAAUUAUACGCAAUGUUCUUAAGCGAAAUCGGUAUUUUCGUUCGUUCGUUCGUGUUGUAUAUAAUUUUUUCUGUUUACUCUCGGUAGAAAAAGGUGGUCGUUUUUAUUAUUUCAAAUGACUUUAAAGUAAUUGAAAAAAAUAAAUUAUGUUUAUCCAAGUCAUGUAGAUAGAAAAAUCAAUAUCCACCUAAGACCAAGUAUGUGGCUAUAGACGCAUGCAUUUAGGUCGUAUUUAAAAUUGCUUUAGUGUAUUAUUCCUUGUGUAAAAAUCGUUAUGAAAUAGUAAAUGUUAGUUCUUAAGUAUCGUUUGUUAUUUUGUAUGAUAGUUGUGGAGGUCAUAAACAUUUAGUUCCAUUAAUUCAAUAAAAGAACCCUUUUUAAAUGUCUCUCGGCUGUGCCCACCUUUAUCUAUUAAGUGUCUUUGCAGCAAUUUGUUUGCAGUUUGUUAUUUAAGGCAGAACAGACAGCGACAUCUUUGUAUAAAUAUUUUAUUAGAUAAAUAAUUCUUUUUCCCAGUAUAAAUGAGGAAAUUCCACCAAAUAUCCGCGCAUCUACUGUAGAUAUAAAAAUAUUUUUGUGAUAACUAUUUCUUAUACUAACCGUCUUAGCAACAGGAUAAUUGUUUUCUGGCAUAUUUGCUAGGUUUAUAUUUUUGUAAUAUUUAUGUGCAGAAACCUUUAGAGAAGCUAAUUUCACCCAGUUCACUAAGAAUGUAUUUUAUUCUCAUAUAGUAUGUAUCUUCUAAUAACUAGGAUUUUAAGCUGCUACUUAUUAUUAAAAAUAAAUUAUAAAAAUAUCACUUUGUUUAUUUGAAAUUAUUACUAUAUGACAGUGGAAACCUGAAAUAAUAGUCAACUGGGUGAAUUUAGUUUCUUUGAAUGUUUGAUAAUUUUAUUUUUAUAACUAUUUUCUUAUCUACUCUACAUUCUCAAAUCUAACUUCAUGCAGGUUUAGUUUGUGACAUCCAUCUUGCUAGGAACUUGUUCUGGGAGACAGUGGGUAUAGACUGGUGUAGUUGUUACUACCUCAGACUGGACUAUAGCUAGGUUAGUACGGUUGUGAGAACUUUAUCUAGGGGUAACUGAGCUAGAUCGUGGAAAUUUUAACGAAAAGAAAAAUACUCAGCCAAAUAAAUGUUUAUUUAUAAAAAUGAAUUGUUAAUUUUUCUUGUUUUUAUUUGUAAGAUAAGUACAUGUCGUACAAUACGGUGGAACACAUUAUAUACAUGUACAUACUAUUUCACAGUGUACAUAUAGACAGUAAAUGCCUACCUGCAAUAGUAUAAGUAUCUAUGUACUAAUGUAAUAAUUGUUUUGUUAACCGCUAUGUUUUCGUAGCAAUUUAUAUAUGUACGAUCGUAAUGUAUCCCGUCUUAC